GCAUCCUGUGGGACAUGCGAAUCAGUCUCAGCACACUGUUGCUCUCUGGGUUGAGUUUUAGGGCAGCUGUGCUCUGCCAGCAUGGAUGCUGGAGUUGGCAGGGCUGAACCACCUUCUCCUCUCUCAUGGCUCUGUCCUGUGACCUUCUGCAAGCUCCUUCCCUAUUCCCAAGUGUCACAGCUAAUCUAAGACAAAGCAAGGCACUUUCAGCUCAAGCAGUGGCCUCCAUUCACUUGGCUCUAACAGCAUUGGGGUAAGUGGGAGUUGGUGUUAUCUUCACCUCAGAGUCCUGUAUAAACACUCCUGACUUCUUCCAACAGAACUUCUCCUCCCAGCACAUGGGUGUAAAUGUGGAUUAUGUGUCUGGUAACUCAUCUUCCAGGGAAGCCAUCAAUGAGCUGACUCUGGAGGGAGCCCACAGUCGACUAAGCCUGGAUGCCUUAGAGAUGAACACAAGUGUUGGCUCUGAGCUGGAAGACUCUGAGCAGAAGACAGACAGUGAUUCCGACCCAGGCCUGGGGAGCCAGCCCAGAGGCCGCUUCAGCCGACAGCCUGUGAAAUACAUUCGAACACAGGCAAAAAUGACACCAGUCAUUCCCAAGGCUUCCAGUUUGCCCUUGAGGACUACCACAUUAGCAAACAUGGCAAUGGGAUGUGGUGCAGAAGGCAACCCUCCUGGCAGCAGCUCCGUGACAAAGGAGGAGAGCCCUAGGAGGAGGAACAGCUCAACCGACACAAGCACACUCAAGCACCGCUCAGGGGGGAGACAACUGCUCAAGCACUUUGAGAUCACGCAGGAAACAGCCAGGAUUGUCUCAAAGCUUCAGGUCAGUGACACUUCCGCAUCUCUGGAGGGCACAGGAUCUACUGAGGAAGGAGAAGACCUCAUCACAGGCACAUACCUAUAGGAAAACCCCAAAGGAUGUCAGGAUAACACGAGAAGCUGAGGCCACACAGAUUGCCUGGCUUGAAUGAUGUAGCCAGGAAGGAGGCAUCUGAAAUGAAGGACACUGGACAGGAAACAUUCCCAAGUGGUCAGGUUUUGGCUGCUGCAACAAGCACUGAUCUUUAUAACUUUGAUUUCACAGCUUUUUGGAGUGUAACUCACCUUUUGAGUGUAAUACAACAGGGUAGAUGGGCAAAGCUCACAUACUCUGGAUCCUUCUGCUUCCGUUGCUGGAGCUUCCCCUUGCUGGUCAGCACAAAGCCAUUCUGUAAAGAGAAGAGACUGCUGAGCCAGAGCCCAUUUCUCCAACAGUUCACCCCAAUUCCCUCCAAAGCCCAGUGAGCUCCCCUAUGAAGCUGCUUCUACGGUAAAGGCAGCAAAGCCCUGAACCUCCAGCAGAUUUUGGGGAUCUAAAGCAAGGUUGCUGUGACUUGUGAGGUCUCACCUGCAUGUGGGUAACCCCAAAUGCUCCUUCUGGCCUCCUCACAGUGAGCUUUCUGCCCAGCAAGUCUUCACAGGGAGAAUUGUGUCCUGUAGUGCCAUCUCGUGAUGCACGCGUGUGGGCAGGACUCUUCCUACACUUACCACAGACUGUGUUUUGAGCUUGUUUCUUAACAACGUUGUAAAGCAAAUGUUAAGGCUCUAUUCUUACUAUGGGUACAGUUGAGGCUAAAGAGAGUUUGCAUCUCUGGAACAAUGUAUAUUUGUUCAUAUAGUGCUUGGGAUUCUUGAAGAGUAACUUAUCUUUUACUGUAGAACAUCUAUAAUAAACUGUUGGGUGCUUUA